AUGGCCAAACCUCCGCUUCGGCCGCCAAAGGGCCGACGUGGAGGAUCAAAACCAAAAACAAUGUUGACUUGGGCCAUCCUCCUCCUUCUCAUAGCCUCAGCUCACCCUCAAUCCCUCCCGCUGUCCGAUGCCCCUCAGAGAUUGGUGGCCUCGACCCAGAGCCUGCCCUCCGAGUCAAGUCGACCGUCUGCUCAAGCUGGCCGCAGUCCAGUAGAGAUCCCGCUUCUCAAGAACGACAUCACCACUGUUAAAUUUCGAAGCACCGAUGAAAACCCCGAAAACCACAAGCUCCGUGCCUUGGCUCCAGCCCACGACUCCCUGAGUAAUGGUGCUGUCAGAGCACCUCUUGCACAGUCUGAUGAGUCCUUUUCUCAGGGACUCUCUGCGCUUUCCUCAGCGCGGCUGCUGCAAGAUUGGGAGGUGGAGAACAUUGUGCUACUCGCCACUAUUGACGGCACCAUACAUGCCCGUGACAGGAAGACGGGCAAUGAAAGAUGGUCACUGGGCAUCCCAAACAGUCCCAUGAUCCAAGCCAUUCACCACAAACUGAAUCGCAGUGACUCGGAAGUCGACGGCUCUCGAUAUGAAGACGACUACAUGUUCAUUGUCGAACCUAGUAAAGAUGGCAACCUCUAUAUUCACCAUCGAGAUCCCAGAAUAGGUCUACAGCGACUGGGCAUUACCGUCAGAUCCCUUGCCGCCGAGACGCCUCAAUUUGUGGAUGAUCCACCCCUUGUGACGAUUUCCUCGCAGGAGACAACGGCAUAUGUUGUAGACGCAGCUACCGGCAAUAUUCUACAGCAAUUUGACAAGUACCGUGGCUUCUCCAGCGACGACCAAGGCCGCAGUUGCAGGCGACUGAGUGGUUUCGAAUUGGAUGACCCUGCAUGUGAUCCUAUUGGGACUAUCAAUCUAGGAAGGGUUGAGUACACCAUUGAAAUAUCUCACAAGAUCACAACUCAACCCCUUUGUACGAUCAAGUUUGCCGAAUGGGUUCCAAACAAGGGGGACAGCGACCUACAAGACCAAUACGUCACUCCCUUGGACAAUUACCAUAUUCAAAGCUACUACAACGGCCGAAUCAUCGGCAUCGACAGCACUGCCGACUCUGGCAAGGUUCCCCGGUUCACCCACAUGUUCGAAACUCCCGUAGCCCGAGUGUUUGACGUUGUUCGCCCCUUGGACAAUCGCGAUGAAUCUGCCAAGUUAGUCUUACUAGCACGACCGACGGAUUCGCCUCUGCUUUCUUCUGAAAUCUGGAGGAACGAAAUGCAGCGAGCUGAGAGGGUUUUUGUGAACAAAACCGAAACAGGGGUGUGGUAUGCCAUGUCCGAGUUGUCGUACCCAGGUGUCACCAGCGGUGCUUCGCCUGCAAGCUCAAACUGGAACUAUGACAGUCAGCCGUUGGAUUUUGACGGCAACCUGGAAGAAAUUGUCGGAGUCCACGUACUUUCCACGGAGCAGAACCUCACGCCCCUCAGGCUGACGAUCUCUGGCCCUCCACCAACAACCGACUUAGCCGAGGAGGCAGAGAAGGCAAUGGCAGCCUUGGAGGCCAAGAUGCCCCCUUCGUUGAUACCUGUCAUCAAUCACCCUUUGCUAUCCGUCUUCAAUAUCAUCUGCGCCAGCAUCAUUUUGUUCGUGAUCGGAUUGCAGAUGAGGAUACCAAUUAUGUUAAAGAUGCAACACCUCCUUCGAAAGGCUGGCGUGGAGGUCGCAGUGGAGAAGAAUCGGACUCCUUCGUCUCCUGCUCCUGCUUCAGCAAACUCAGACAAGCAAGAAGGACCAGUAGCUGAGGUUACAGCGGACAAAGAUGCCACUGAAGUUGUCUCGGAAGUCUUGGAGGACGCAAUCAAAACACCUCUUAGGAGCCGUGCUCAGAGCGCAGUAGUCUCGGUUGCCAGUCCUGCCAAGACUGUCAAAGUGUUUGAUCCCAAUGAUGACAGUUCAGAAGGCGAGUCAGAAGAUGAGAAGAACAAGGAAGACUCUAACUCUAACGAAACCGCCGAGAAUGGCGCACAGCCUCGCCGUCGACAUGCAAAACGUGGGAAGCGAGGUGGAAAGAGGAACAAAAAGGGCAAGAAGACCAUGGACCCAGAAGCUAUGGAUGAGAAGGAACAACUUGUCGCAGAAACUCCCACAAAGGACGGCCUUCUCCAGGUUGGCAAGCUCAGAAUUGACACCAGGGAAGAUCGAUGUCUAGGCCGUGGAAGCAAUGGCACAGCAGUGUUUCCUGGUUCAUUGGAUGGCAGAGAAGUCGCAGUCAAGCGUUUGAUCCGGUCAUCGAAUAGCCUGGCUGCCAAAGAGAUCAAGCAUUUGUUGUCCAGUGACGAGAAUCCGCAUGUCAUCCGGUACUUUGGGAAGGAAGAGUCACAACAUUUCACCUACAUUGCACUCGAACGCUUCACCACGUCUCUGGAUCAGUUCAUCGAACGUCCCCUCCAAUAUCCCGAACUGGUGAAGCUGCCUGAAGGAUUUGAUAUCAAGGAUACUCUCCGUCAAAUUACGGACGGUGUUCAGCAUCUUCAUUCACUCAAGUUGGUACAUCGAGACAUCAAGCCUCAGAAUGUCCUGGUCAAGGCUGUGAAAAGCAAUCGCCCCACCAAUGGGCUGCCGAAACUGCAGUUUGUCAUUUCCGACUUUGGGUUGUGCAAGCCCCUCGAGGAAGGGCCUGAAUCAACCUUCGCUCCAACUGCCAAUCAUACAGCCGCCGGCACUACAGGUUGGAGGGCGCCAGAGUUGCUGGUCGGCUCCAGAUCGGCCGUUGCUGCACCAAAUUCUAGCUCGAAUACCACUUCCAGAUCGACUACUCACUCUAGUGACGGUGCUGUCAUUGAUCGUCCAUCAGGCCGACGGGCAACCAAGGCCAUCGACAUUUUCUCCUUGGGUUGUGUCUUCUACUAUGUCAUGACUCAAGGUCGUCAUCCCUUUGAUGUUGGGGGCACCAGUCUUGGCCGAGACUUAAACAUCAAAGAGAACAAGUUCAGCACAGAAGACUUACGCCUGCAUGAGUACCAAUUCGACGCCGACGACCUUAUCAUGCAGAUGCUUAAACAUGAUCCCAAAGAUCGUCCUGACACGACACAGAUACUUCGUCAUCCCUACUUCUGGGACGUGGCUGACAAGCUAGAAUUCCUCUGCGACGUUUCGGAUUGCUACGAGCGGGAAAAGAAUUCAAUCAACAACAUUUUCGACGAGACCGUGAUGCGCACACCCGCCGAAAAGAAAUCUCUUGCCGAACUUGCCGCGCUGGAAUCCCUUGCGCCCAAUGUCAUCGGGCCAUCUAAGGAUUGGCUCCGCGCUCUUCCCAAGACGUUUCUCACAGAAAUGGGGAAACAGCGCAAGUACAGUGGUUCGAAAAUGAUUGACUUGUUGAGAGUCAUCCGGAAUAAGAAGAACCACUUCCAUGACUUGCCGCAGGAUGUGAAGGAGCAGAUGCUGGGCGGUAGCGUGAAGGGGUACUAUGAAUUCUGGGCAAAGAGGUUCCCGAGCCUGUUGAUUAACUGUCAUUGUCUCAUUUUGGAACGGGGUUUGAUCGAGCGAUUCAGGAUGGAGAGGUGGUUUGAGUGA